CCUCCCCAUACAAAGAGUUGGACCCAUUUUCGAUGCACGUUUUAAUUGGUCAAAAUUAUCAAAAACGGGCCGCAUUCUUCUUUUUCGCUUUGCUUCCCCCCUUGGCUUGUGUAAAAAAAUAGGGAACAACGAAUUCUCGAAAUUCAAUAUUCUCUUGCUCUUUUUACCAUAAAUUCACACACAUUUAAACGCAAUAGCAGUGGGCCGGCAAAUAUCGGUAUGGCGCAUACACACACAGACAAGCCCGAUCCAUCCAAGGAGUGCGUGCUGGCCAAGAUCGUGAUGUACACAUGCAAGAAAAGCGAUAACAUCGUGUGCACGCCCUUCGAGCGGUUGUUCAAGCGGUGCCCUGGUAUACCGGCUGUGGAGCUGGUUCCCGACAGCGACAAUUUUUUUGUGAACAUUAAAGAGCACGAAGGUGCCGUUCGGUGGAAAAAGCUGAGUGCACACCAUCGGAGGAAGGACGAUUGACUGAUUGAUUUUCGACGAUCAGAUUGAAUCUUUUUAUUUUGCUUGCUUUGUUAAGUCUGUUACGCAGCAGGAUUGACCAUCGAUGUCAGUGUUCCUUAUCAAAGAUUCAUUGACAUCAAAGGGCGUUUAUUAUUGUGCUUUGCCUUUGUGCGUUGGUGUCCACAACUAGCAGCACGACCGCACUCACUUGUCUUGAAAUGUUUUAAAUACCAAGCCGGCAGGCCAAUAAUUGAGAAGAAAAGGCAUUCAUUCAGUUAGCAUUUUAAUAACCUAAUCAAUAAACAUUCAAUAGCACCAUUCAGUACAAUAUCGACCGUGUGCCGUUUCAGUGUUUCAAAUGUAUUCAAUAUACUAAUUUAAAGGUAUCAGGAAAGAAUCAACAAUUCAAGCUUGCCGGUCGGUGUAUAUCGUC